AUGCUAGACAAGGGAAGGGAGGAUGCGAUUUUGCAGAGCGCCCUUCAAAUAUGCCUGAGGAGGGAGGAGGCGAGCAGCGCCAAGGUGCACCUGGAGUCGUACGCAAAGGAAUUGAGCGAAGCGAGCACAGAGAAGAGGCCAGCCUUUCUACAGAUCGAAAACUUAUAUUUUAUCCUCCUACACAAAAUAGCGUACCUACAUAAGCAGAAGAAGAACUGCCUGACGUACUUGUGUUCCUGUUCGGCGAGGCUGUCGGAUCGAAGUCUCUUCAAACAUGUGCUGCUGGAGAGGAAGCAGCUGGAUGACGUAACGAAUGAGAUAAGCAACCAGAUUGUUAAUAGUGUUAUUAUUUAUUUGGAGAAUCUUGAUGUGUACCCAGAGGUGAGGAUCCCAGCGAAGGAACGGGUUCAGACCCUCUAUGAAUUCCUCAAAGAUUCAUGUACCUCUCGUUUUUUAAAAAAGAUCCUAAUGGUGAUAGAAGAAAAUGAUAAGAGUGAAGAGAGAGAGGAGGACAAACAGCUUAACAAGUUUUUCACUCCCAUUGUGAAUCUCAUUUUCGAAAAUUUGGGGGGAAGAAACCUCGUGUAUCCGAAGAAUGACGUGGCUGUGCUGUUGAAGUUCCUCACGAGCUUUAAGCAGCUUGCGGAGCUGGUCAUUCGUAGCAAAUCGAUUUUUCUGCACCUCAACUUGAGGGACAAGACAAGGGACUGCGCGGCGGGGGGAGGCGGAACUGCUUCGGGCGGCGGCGGAACCGCUUCAAGCGGCGUAACUGCUUCAAGCGACGGUGCGGCCGCUUCCGCUUCCGCUUCCCCCUCCCCGCAUGGUUGGUUCGACGCCGAGAAGCCGUGCAGCAAGGACAAGGAGAUAAACGCGUGCGGGUACAACCUGCAGCUGAACAGCCUGCUGGGGAGGCUACUCUCCCCCACAGUUAUAACCAUGCCGAAUGUAACGAACAAGGAGGAGAUUGCCAUGUACAAAUAUUUCUACAAUAGUGCAACCAACUCGCUGAACAAAAUGACGCUGGGCGCUUUGAAAAGCACAUACGUUAUGUUGAGGAGAGACACCGACUGGAUUUUGGAGAAUUGCGUGGAGACGAUUAAAAAUUUGCUUAAAGGAGGUGUGGAGAGCAAGAAGAGAGUCCUCUUGUGGCUAGCUUGCAUUAUCAUUUCGAAUGAGAAGAAGACGAAAAUUAUGUACCACUAUUCGACGUACCCACAAUCGUUAGAUGCAUCUUACGGAUUGUUUUUAAAAUUAUUAGGAGAGAAUUCGUACGGCUUUUGCCUGAACAUGUUUUGGGUUCUACUCUGCCUCUGUGAACCCAUCACCAUGAACAAGAUCAGCGAUUUUGACUUUUUUUUUUUUCUAAGAGAUGACCCUUUUUCCAAAUUUAUUUUAAAAAAUAUAACCAACCAAUCUUCCUUUGAAGAAAAAUCUAAUGUAGAAAAAAUAAAAGAGAAAGUAAAAAAUGAACAGUCUUUCCAGAAGGAGCCUAAAUUUAUAACAUCCAUUUUUUGGGUCACUUUCAAAUCUCUCAGUGUCUUCUUCAAACCAGCCAUCGAUGAGUUUAUUAGAAUAGUUCAAGAGGUUCCAAAUGCAAAGGAUAAGAAUAUUUACUAUAUGAAUAUACACACGUGGAAAAUCUUUUUAUAUAGCUCUCGUUUCAUUCAAUUGUUAUUUAAAUUUUUGCAUCUGAGCAUGGCAUAUUUUUUGCAUGUGGCUUAUCUGUUUGAUAUGGAAGGGAAUGCCUGCUUGGAUAUGAUGAACCUUCUGAGUGAGCACAGUGGGAGCUUCACCCACUUGGUGCUGAGGUCUUGUCCCCCUCCCAAUGAGCGGAAUUACGUCAGGAGGGGCCGGACGUUCGGCAGCCUCUCCUUUUCCGCGAAUCUCCCCGGGGGGGGCGCGGAGAAGAGGGACGAAGAGGAGCCCCCAGUGGAAGUGCCCCAAGGAGUGCCGCAAGAUGUACCGCAAGACGUACCACAAGACGCACCGCAAGACGUACCACAAGACGCACCGCAAGACGCACCGCAAGACGCACCGCAAGACGUACCGCCCAUGGAGGUGCCCCAAAACGUGGGCGAGGCGCAGAGCCGCGGGGGGAGCGACCACCUGUUCGCGUCCCCCCAGUUCUCUAUCAUCCCCACCUUCUUCCUGAACGAUAUUUUUGACAUAAUCUACCUGCUGUACGAGCUGGACACUUUUAAAAGCCCGGGGAAUGAAAACUUCCUGAGUUACCUAAAUGUGGAUUUAUUUCUCUCCUUCUGCAUCUUCACCAUGCUGAGCGAGAACCACAUCAAGAGCAUCCACCUGAGGUGCGAAGCGGCUCCGAAGACCUUCACCUACCUGUAUAGGAGUGACAGCCUGAAGAAAAUUAUAGAAGAAUCUGAACUGACGCGAAAAUAUAUUAUAAAAUCUUUGACGUACGUUUUUAUUGCUUCCCAAAAAGGGGAGUACACGGAGAGGAUGCAAACUAGGGUUCGCAUCGUGGAAAAUUUUAACAGCCUAUUUCUUAAUGAGAUCUACGUGGAUCAGUUUACGCAGCUGGUUAUUAAGAACAACAAUUUGUUUGUGCACCUGAUUCACCUGCUGCUGAACGAUGUGAACUUUCUGGUCGAGGAGGUGGUUUCGUACUUGUCCGAGAUUAAGCGGCGCGAGGAUAAGAAGCGGGACGACCAGGAGCGCGCCAUUAGCGGUGGUGUUAGCGGCGGUGCGGGCAGCGGUGCGACUAACGGGGGGAUUGCCGCUUCCGCCGCUACCGCCGCUACCACCGCUAACACCAGCUCGUACGCCAACGCGACGCGCAACAGCAGGGUGUCCACCGGCAGCGCGAGCCACGCGCUGAACCCCUCGGGCGGAAGCGAUUUGGAGGACAGCGCGCCCAACGCAAACGAGUCCUACAACAGCGAAAACAGCGAUAAUGAAGAGGGGGGGGGAGGCAACGUCGGAACGGAUAUAACGAACGAAAGCAUGCGAAAUUUAGCGGCGAGGACCAAAAUGAUCAUCACGUAUUGCUAUAAAUCUUGCAUCUUUUUGAAUCUCCUUUGCAAGAGCUACCCAAACAGUAUCGUCGCGUCCAACACGAUUCUCACCCAGAUAGUCACCUGCUUGAACUGCUACUUCGACUACCUAGUGGGACCGAAAUGCCUAAACAUAAAGGUGAAAAAUAUGGAGCAGUAUAAUUUUAGGCCCCAGUUGUGGCUCACGAGCAUUGUAGAGUCGUACCUCUUUUUACUUAACUCAGAUAAGAAGAAUGAGGAGCUACUCACCAGAGAAAUCGCCAACGAAGGGAGGUACUACAAGCCGGAGGUAUUUAACAAAGCUUAUUAUAUAUGCAAAAGGGAGGGACUCCUACGAAAGGAGGAUUUAAAUAAAUUUAAAAUCUUUUGCCAACAAAUAAUUGACAUGAAAGAUGAAGUGGACCUUUUGGACGACGUGAACGAUAUGCCAGAUAAAUAUUUGGACCCUAUUUUGCAAGACAUUAUGUUAGACCCUGUUUUGCUACCCACAUCUGGUAUCGUGAUCGAUCGGAAGAAUAUUGAGAGGCAUCUGAUGAGCGAACCGAAUGACCCUUUUAAUCGAGCUCCCCUCAGCAAGGAGCAACUGGUACCCAUGCCAGAGCUCAAGGAGGAGAUUCACAAAUUUAUUAACGAAUUGAAGCAGGAGAAGAAGAGGAAGAAGAAAAUGAAGCUUUUGGAGUUGGAUGCCCAGAAUGAGUCCAUGGAGCAAGAGGGGUUUUUGGGCCAUGAGGACGACGCGCAGGGGCCGAAGGGGCAAAGUGAGCAGCCGGUUGAGUCGCCCCCCGGGGGGGCAAAGGAGAACGAGCAGCAGUGA